GCGCUCCGGGAGCAGGCGGCAGUCACCAUGGAGCCAGGCCCCGGGGACGCGCUGGGAGACCAGCCGUCCGCGCCCCGACCCCGCCGCCGCCGCUCUCUGCGCCGCCUGCUCAGCCGCUUCCUGCUGGCGCUGGGCAGCCGCUCGCGCCCCGGGGACUCGCCGCCCGGUCCUCGGCCCCCGCCACAGCCGGGACCCUGCGAUGGCGACGGCGACGGGGGCUUCACCUGCGCCCCGGGCCCGGUUCUAGCCGCCUCCGGGAGCCCCGGGCCGGAGCGCCCUCCCGAACCCCAGUCCCAGCUCCCCGCGGGCGAUGGGGCGCGGCCGCCCGGCGCUCAGGGCUUGAAGAACCACGGCAACACCUGUUUCAUGAACGCGGUGGUGCAGUGUCUCAGCAACACCGAUCUCCUGGCCGAGUUCCUGGCGCUGGGGCGCUACCGGGCGGCGCCGGGCCGUGCCGAGGUCACCGAGCAGCUGGCGGCGCUGGUGCGCGCGCUCUGGACGCGCGAAUACACGCCCCAACUUUCGGCUGAGUUCAAGAAUGCUGUUUCUAAGUAUGGCUCUCAGUUCCAAGGCAAUUCCCAACAUGACGCCCUGGAAUUUCUGCUCUGGUUGCUGGACCGUGUCCAUGAGGACUUGGAGGGCUCAGCUCGUGGGAUGGUGUCUGAGAAGCUGCCCCCAGAAGCCAAUAAGGAGAACCUCCCAUCCACUACAGCUCCACUUUCUCUAAGCCAGAGCUUUGUGCAGAGCCACUUUCAAGCACAGUACAGAUCUUCCUUGACGUGUCCCCACUGCCUGAAACAAAGCAACACCUUUGAUCCUUUCCUGUGUGUGUCCCUUCCCAUCCCCUUGCGCCAGACGAGAUUCUUGAGCGUCACCUUGGUCUUUCCCUCUAAGAGCCAGCGAUUCCUGCGGGUUGGCCUGGCGGUGCCAAUCCUCAGCACAGUUGCUGCCUUAAGGAAGAUGGUUGCAGAGGAAGGAGGCAUCCCUGCAGAGGAGGUGAUCUUGGUUGAACUGUAUCCCAAUGGAUUCCAGCGGUCUUUCUUUGAUGAAGAGGACCUGAAUACCAUUGCAGAGGGAGAUAAUGUGUAUGCUUUCCAAGCCCCUCCCUCACCUGGUCCAGGGACACUCUCAGCUCAUCCAUCUAGUCUGUCAGCGUCCCCACGCUUGGCAGCCCGUGAUGGCCAGCGAUUCUCCAUGCCUCUCCACAGUGAGAACAGGGUGCUCAUCCUCUUCUGUAACCUGAUGGGAUCAGGGCAGCAGGCUAGCAGGUUUGGGCCACCUUUCUUGGUACGUGAAGACAGAACUAUCUCCUGGGCCCAGCUUCAGCAGUGUAUUCUCAGUAAGGUCCGCUGUCUCAUGAAGACAGAGGCCCCUGCACAGAUCCUAGGGUCUCUGUUCUCCGUCCGGGUUGUGGGGCUGUCCCUGGCCUGCAGCUAUUUAUCCCCACAGGACAGCCGGCCCCUCUGUCACUGGGCAGUUGACAGAGCUUUGCACCUCAGGAGGCCCGGAGGUCCCCCUCACGUCAAGCUGGCUGUAGAAUGGGAUAGCUCUGUCACAGAGCGCCUUUUUGGGAGCCUCCAGGAGGAGCGGGUCCAGGAUGCAGACAGUGUGUGGCGGCAGCAGCAGGCACACCAGCAGCCCAGCUGUACCCUGGAUGAAUGUUUUCAGUCCUACACUAAGGAGGAGCAGCUGGCCCAGGAUGAUGCGUGGAAGUGCCCUCACUGCCAAGUCCUCCAGCAGGGCGUGGUGAAACUGAGUUUGUGGACCCUUCCAGACAUCCUCAUCAUCCAUCUGAAACGGUUCUGUCAGGUGGGAGAAAGAAGAAACAAGCUUUCCACACUAGUGAAGUUCCCCUUGUUUGGACUCAACAUGGCUCCCCAUGUAGCACAGAGGAGCACCAGCUCGAAGGCAGGACUGGGACCUUGGCCCUCCUGGAAGGAGCCAGCCUGUCUGCCCACUGCCUACCCACUGGACUUCCUCUACGACUUGUAUGCUGUCUGCAACCACCACGGCAGUCUGCAAGGUGGGCAUUACACAGCCUAUUGCCGGAACUCCCUGGAUGGCCAGUGGUACAGCUACGAUGAUAGCACGGUGGAGCCCCUUCGAGAGGAUGAGGUCAACACCAGGGGCGCUUACAUCCUGUUCUAUCAGAAGAGGAAUAGCAUCCCUCCCUGGUCGGCCAGCAGCUCCAUGAGAGGCUCCACCAGCUCCUCUUUGUCUGAUCACUGGCUCAUGAGACUUGGGAGCCACAACGGCAACAGCACAAGAGGAAGCCUGUUGUCCUGGAGCUCUGCUCCCUGCCCCUCCCUGGCUCGGGUGCCUGACUCUCCUGUCUUUACCAACAGCCUCUGCCACGAGGAAAACGGAGGGAUGGAGUCCAGGUCUUUGGUUCGGGGUGUUGGCGGCCGAAGCAUCAGCAUGAAGGCACCCAGCUCUUCCCGAGCCAGGCAUGGGCCUUUCAAGACCAUGCCCCUGAGGUGGUCCUUUGGAACCAGGGAGAAACGAUCUGGGGCAUCUGUUGAGUUGGUGGAGUACCUGGAGUCCAGACGAAGACCUCGGUCUACCAGCCAGUCCAUUGUACCACUCUUGACUCGUACUGCUGGGGGGGAUGAGAAAUCAGCAUCACCAAGGCCGGAUGUCACCCUUCCUGCUAAAGGUGAAGACAGUGGGCGAGCCUAUGGGCAAGGAGCAACCGAGGUGUCCUGUUCCUCAGGCCACCUCAACCAUUAUCUGGCCCUGGGGUCCUUAGAUGGUCUGGACACAGCCAGAACACGAACAGGAAAUGCAAGUCAGGAUAUCAGGCUCCCCAAAAAAUUUGAUCUGCCCCUCACUGUUAUGCCAUCAGUGGGGAAUGAGAAACCAGCCCGUCCUGAGGGCCAGAAGAUAGCUACCUGGAAGGGAAGUGGCCAGGUGGGAAGCCAGAGCAAUCCACCUUCCCCUUCUACUGGGCUCAGAAACUUCAAGGACAGUAGCCGAGGUACUUUACUGAAGAUGAAGGUGGCUGAGGAGGAACGGGCCUCUGACAGAGACAGGGGACAGGGGCCAUUCACACUUCUGAAGUCUGUGUUUUGGAAGAAGGAACACAGGAGGGCUGUUAGAGCUGAGGGUUCCCCAGUCCCCUUGGUGAGUGGUACGCUGAGCCCUUCCAUGAAUGAGCAGGCUGGAGGCUCAUCUCCUGCCUUCAGGAUUCGAGAGAGCCCAGCCAGAGGCCUGGGCAGCUACUUGGAGAGGGACAUCCGGUCUGCACCCAGUUCUCUCCACCUCCCUCGCAAAGCUGGCAGGCCCCCCAGAGCUAGUGCCUCUGGCACCUCACAAAGGACUAUUCCUGGGGAACAGACUUCUUAUGGCACCCUGCAAAGGGUGAAAUACCACACUCUCUCCUUAGGUCGAAAGAAAUCCUUACCCGAGUCCAGCUUCUGAUGGAACAAUUUGGUAUUAUGUGAUGUUGCAUUCUUGGGGCUGUGCACUGAGAUGUAGGCAACCUGUGUCCAGAGUGGAUUUUCUAGAAUCCAGUUGACUUGUGAUCCCCAAAAGAUAAAAAAUGUUUGAUUUUUCGCAACUGGACUUCCAAUGCCUAAUGUCCCAAUAAAACAAAGUCCAAAUAUUAGGUUUUUAUUUUUGAGUGCUUUGAUAUAGCCUGGUCACUAGAGGGUGCUGCUGGGCCAACAUUAUCAUUUCAAGGGAAGAACUAGUAUUUAGUUUGUAUAAGUCUUGGGCCUGCAUACUUGUACUAAAUAUAGUUCAUGGUGUCAUGUCAAAUACUAUCACCAGCUUGCUUACUCCUCCCUCACUUCCCUCCUCCAUUCCUUCCCUCCUCCCUUCCUUCCUUUCCUCCUUCCUUC